CGUUACAAUUAUCAAUAAUUGCCUGCCAGCCCUCUCUGCAGUGCUUGUACAGUACGGAGUACUUAUUCUGCAAUCCUCAGCCGCUUGUCUGGCUCACUUCCGCUUCCGUCUUCUUUCCCCCUCUUCUUCAUCGACCGACGAGUGUUACCUUUUUGGGAAAUUCCCCUAUACGACUCGGAGGACCGUGAACUGAACGACCACUUUCUCUACUCUCGCUUCUCCCCUGAACCUUUGUCUCUCAACUCAAACCCAUCCAUCCAAUUUAUACGUCAAUAAUCUCGAACUGAGCCGCCAUGGCGUUGUCAACUCGCCUGCUCCAGCUUCUGCUCCUAUCCCUGAUCGCCCUGUCUGCAAUUGCAGCCCCGGCCGCCGAUCAGCCCGAAUCCGACGCCCCGUCGGUCGCCGACAGCAUCGAAGAGACAUCUCUCCACAAGGCUCUGCAUUUGUUCCAGCGGUUCAGCCAUGGCAUCUUCCAGUCUGACGAGGAAGCCGCAGCGGCUCUCCAGCAGGAUGAUUCGUCGUUGGUUGAACACUUGAACCUCGUCAAGCGAGCCGACGGCAACUCCACGGCUGCGGUCGAGACGACGAGCCAGGCUCCCGAGCCCGCAACCACAUCGGCGACGGCGGCGGCGACCACAUCUCAGGCUGAAAGUUCCACCAGCAGUGCUGAGCCGACGACUGCUGCGGAAACUACGGCCGCCCCUACGACCACUGCUGCCCGCACGACCGCUGCGAGCCCUACGACUAGCUCUAGCAGCAGUGAGUCCAGCUCUAGCAGCAGUGAGUCGAGCUCCAGUAGCAGUGAGUCUAGCUCUCCGUCUCCGUCCACGUCUUCAUCUUCCUCUACCUCUUCGGCGACCACCUCGUCGACCUCGUCCUCGUCGUCUUCCACGGCGACGUCGACCUCCACCACUUCUUCGUCCUCUUCGUCGUCCUCGUCCUCGUCUUCGUCCUCUUCUCACACCACCGCAGCUAGUACCACGAUCCCCACCGUCGCGGCCACUACUACUACUACUACUACCUCUACUUCUGCUACCUCCACUGCUAGUACCACUUCAUCCAGCUCACAUACUACAGCUCACACCACCGCCUCCACGACCUCGACAACCUCCACCUCGUCCACCUCGACUUCGACCUCCUCAACCUCGACCUCCACUUCGACCUCCACAACACUAGACACCACCACCUCUACGACUUCGACCAGCUCCUCCUCCUCCUCCUCAACCCAAGAAGACAAAACCACAGACAGCACAACCGCAAAGACAACCCCUUACACCUCCACCUAUAAAAUGACCACCACGCUGCCCAACGGCCAACAAAGCACCGUCACAGCCGUGACCGUCAUCCACCCAACAGAGACCUCCCACGAGGUCGCCACCGGCACCCGCGGCUCCCCCAGCCUGCAGACCGACAACGGCGCCUCGACCCACGGUCUAGGCCGCGAGCUGUUCGUGAUAGUCGGUGGCGCCGCCGUCGUGGCCAUGGCUCUGUAAAUUCACAAAUGAAAUCACCAAUUCGCGUUCUGAAUGCAUUUUCCGGAGUUUGAUCUUUAUUUCUGCAUGAUACCUCACUAUGUUACGAUCCUUAUGCAAAGCAAGAAAGCAUUUUUGUUUUUCGGGUGUAUCCGACAUGUGUCUCUCCUUUAGCGCAUUUGAUAACUUUGUUGUUUGCGGGGGAUGAAGAGGUUGAUGAUGUUGGCUUUCGGGCUCGGGGAGGGGGAAGUGCCAGGUUGGGUUGGACGAAGCGUGUGCAUAAUUAGAAAGGCUGCUGUCCGUCUUUAUAAUGACUAGCUGAGACAGAUGGUUGAUGAUGGCUAUUAGGACAUCAUCCAUUGUUUCCGUCUGGCUUAAUUCAUACCCUUAAUUCAUACC